UUCUGCCUGUCUCCUGAACUCUGGAGCAGCGGUUAAAGGAACUUCAGCUGGGGAAAAAAAAAGCGUCCCUCCGCUCAACAAACGCCGUACAAUGGAUCCCAAGUACCCAGCUCUGUUCCCGACCUGUGCAGACUCAGCCUGCAGCGACAACUCCGCUAAGGGCAGAAAAAUGUCCCCAUGCAGGCAAUUUCUGUUCAUUUCCAUUGCCUUCACAAUGUACAUUAUAGAUGGAGUGACUGCAGCUGAAACACUAUGUGGUGGUGAGCUGGUGGACACUCUUCAGUUCGUCUGCGGUGAAAGAGGAUUUUACUUCAGUAGAGCAACUGGCAGAUCCAAUAGUCGCAGACAGAAUAGAGGAAUAGUUGAAGAAUGUUGCUUCCGCAGUUGUGAUCUGGGGCUUCUAGAACUCUAUUGCGCAAAACCGGUCAAGAAAGAGCGUGAUCUCUCCGGAACACCUUUUAAUCUUUUACCAUCAGCAAAUAAGGAAAGCUUUAGGAAGCCUCUGGUUGCCAAGUAUUCCAAAUAUGACUUCUGGCAAAAAAGAUCUGCCCAGCGUCUGCGAAGAGGCAUUCCUUCAGGUUUCAUGGCCCAAAGGCUUAGGAGACAAGUUGAGGAAGUCCAGAGCUUACAGUAUGUCAAAACGCACAAGCCACUUCUGACUCUCCCUGUCAAGCCACCCCUGCAAGUCCGAGCGGCAUCAAAGAAAUACUUCAGUCAAGAAUGAUGAAGAAACAUUUUUGCACAUUUCUUGAGAUAAAGUCGGGGAUUAUAGCUUUGUACACGACGUCAUUUCUGUGGCAUUCCAACUGAAUUUUUCUACCCCUUCCCCACCCACCUCCUUCAACUAGAUCUCCUUCCCUGCCUUCAACAUCCUCAACCCCACCCCAACUCACCCCAUGCCCAUUCCCCUCCCCCCUCCCCAUCAGCCAGUGAAGAAGUGCAAUGUUACUUAAGCAGCCUGGUAAAAGUGAUACCUGGUGGGCAAAAGAAGUCGUGGUGUCUGAGGUGCUUGGGCCCAAAAAAGGUCAUGCCGCAGACUACAAUUUAUUUUGCAUACAAAUGUCACGUGAUGCAUUCUAGAUAAUGUGUCCUCGCUUGUUCUGCACCUAUACAAGAAGGGAUAUCAACACUUCGUGGAAUACCUAGUGUCAUCCAGAUCCUGCACCUUUUUUUAAACAAGAUGAGAUUAGGUGAACCUGUGAGGGACUAAAGACAGUGGUGCGUGCAGUCUCGCAUUGCCACAGAUUGCGUCAAGUCUUUUUUUUAUUUUUCUCUCAAUGGCACUAUUUCUGAUAAACAAUAAGUGUGGUCACGGGCACACUUGUAUUACGGUGCUAACUUGCUUUUAAAGAAGCAAAAGAGCUGAUUCGAAGAAUUGGGAUUUGAUAAAUGCAUGAACAUCAAACAGAACUUGAAAUUAACUUUUUCCGUUUUAGGAAACACGUCUUUUUUUAAAAAAAUUAGCUUGGUUUUGGCGGUGCAAGAUAGGCAAGGAGAAGACAAAAGGCACAAAAAAGAGACAAAAAUCAAAGGGAAACAGCAGUGUUGUAGUAAUUUUUUUCCUAUGUUUUUCAACUAACUUUAUUUCUUCUUCAUAGUAGUUACUUGCUUUGCUUUGAAAACAUACUUGAACUCAUACUUACUGUCCAGGGUCAGAUCUUUUUUUGGAUUUAGUCUGAGCUAUAUCUUGCAGUGUUGAGCCGCCAAGCUAUUAAAAGUAAUGGCACUGCGUAAAGGCAUUAUUUAUUUUAUGUAAAAUAUAUAUGAAAAUUGGUCCAAAUAAUGUACUUAGCACUGAUGAGCAACUGCAAAGACAGAUAACUAUUUUGUCUAAUUUUGUACUAGUAAAGCUUUCGUAGAUGCUUUGUACCAAAAAAUGAAAAGAAAAUGUUUUUUUUGUUCUCUCUCUCGCACUCUCUCUCUCUCUCUCUCUGCUCUCUCUCUCUCUCUUUCUCUCUCUCUCUCUCUCUCUGUCAAUAUGAGUGUUAUUUGGUAUUGGAAGCCUCUGUGAGGUGCCUUGAUUCAGCCAGAGAACCUCAGGCCUUCUUUUGGAGACUGUGUACCCAUGCUCACUGCUGUCAGCUAUGGUAUAAUCAAGUGCAAUUACUUGAUUACAGCUCAUCUCUAGUUUUUUUUGUGACCCACAUUGUGUUAACAUCUUUUGUUUCCUGUCAGUUUUUUUGAUUCACUUCUGGUUUGAGUGACUCCACAUUUAUAUUCACCGUUGCUUCAUCAAAAAUGGAAAGCUUCCAGUUUGUUUUUUUUUAUGAAAAGAAAAUGAGCUCAAAAUUACAUCACUUAAGUAGUACUCAGAAAACAUAGUUCUUUUGUCAAAUGUUUGCAUCAGCCAGUAUGAAGGGAAACAUCCGCAAUCGCAUUAGUUAAAUAAAGCUUUUUACUUUUUUUAAGAAAUGUUUUAGCAGAUACAGUUAAGGUGUACUCUCCUGUUAACUAAUAUGUCAUAUAUUUAACAUGUGCACUCAACCAACACUAGACUCUAGAGAAAGAUGAGAUUCACAAUCAUUGUACUUUUGUUUUUAAUAUCAAUAAAAGCAAUUUAUUACAAUA